AUGCCACAACAAAAUGCCCGGGUGGCCUCUUGGCACAUUCGAAGAGGUACCUGCCCAGUGGAACUCAGAGGUGUGUGCGGCUUCCUUGCUCCAUCGACUGGGCAUACGAGAAGGGUAUGCCGUGUGCUGCGAUCGGAAUACUGGCGCCAGGAAAGAUAUUUCAGAGACUGCCUGCGAGUAGCCUGUGCUUCCAGUACUGGCAAUGAUGGACAAAAACGAAGAUACUUCCGUAGGAUGAGCAAGUCAGCGGGAGAUGCUACGGAGUUCCUCUGGCAAAGCAUUAGACCCCAUCUACCAACCAAGAAAGACAAGGUUCCCUCCCAGGCGGGCAAGUUCACAAUCCUAGGUGAUGUAACGAUUCCACCGGAUGUUGGCAAGCGGUUGGAGGUAGGCCCUAAGUUUUGCUACGAGCCAGUCUUGAGCCCACCGGAGUUGGUCACACUAGCCAAGAAAGUAGCAUACCGGACAGUAGAGGAGGACCGACCAAGGUGCAUCUCUGAGUGCGUGGAUAACCUUCAGGUUCCGCAAAAAAGAGGACCAGUGGGACCGUUUAGGCCCUUGGUAGAAUACAUGGUCACUAAUGGACUACGCGUCCUGUUAUCUGAUAAGGAAGGACAUUUUGUAGUGUUGCCAGAUGGCCAGUACAACGAAAAGGCCAGGGCAGCUAUUGAGAAAAAUUUUAGACCGGUGCAAGUCGCCCUGAAGAAAACCAGAGAUAAAGCAAAAAAUCUGUGUGAGCGGCUAGCGUUAACCCAGUUAGCCGCAAGAGUUGGGAAAGCAGAGCGCUUACACCUCGAGGUCUUCUUCAGCGUAAAAACACAUAAAGAGGCCUGUCCAUUUAGAGCCAUUGUCACAGAAAAGGGAUCGUGGCAAAAGCAAGUUGCUUUCUAUCUUCAAAAACAACUGUCCGCCCUAAGCAUUAGAGACCCCUUCAGGGUUGCCAACUCUGAGGAGAUAGUGGAAUAUCUCCGAUUAGGGGGUCCUGAGAAGAGAACCGCUUUCAGCAUUGACGUGGAGAAUCUUUUUUACUCCUUGCCACACGACCAGCUACUGACCUCGGUGAAGGAUUGUAUAGAAGCUAAUGGAGAGCUCGCUUUCCGAAGUUCCAGCGGAGUACCCAUUGAGAGCUUUAUGGAGCUUCUACAGUUCUACCUGAAGUCUAUGAUAGUUGGGUGGCGGGAUGGGUGCUAUCUGCAGAAGUCAGGAGUCUGUAUCGGUUCCUGCGUUGCCCCAGUCCUUAGUGACAUCUACUUGGGAGCAGUGGACUGUGUGAUAGAAAGUGCGCUUGAAGGCAAAAAUGUGAACAAGGUCGCCAGGUAUGUUGACGACUUCCUGGUAAUUCUUCAAGAUGACGAACGUAUGAACAUACAAGUAGCAGACAUUAUGGAGACCUUUGCUGAGUACGGAGGCGGCCUUAAGUUUACAUUUGAGGUGCCCAAAGAAAACAUACUUCAGUACCUGGAUCUUUCACUCCACCUGGGGGACACCCAUGUUUGUUGGUCGUACAGCCCACGUUCCAAGAAAGCCAUUCUAGACUACGGCUCGGCGCACUCAAAAAUCAUCAAGAGGGGCAUAGCUCUAACGUGUCUGGGCUCGGCACUAAGGAAGUCUUGUCGUCAUACUAUGUCAGCCAGCUUCACCACGCAAGUAGAGAGGCUAACAAAAGCCGGCUAUUCGUCAGCCCUACUGGCGGAUGUGGCAAACGCUCUGGUCAAGAAGGCAAAAGGCUUCCAGUCCAACAAGACCAGUGUCAAGCAAACAAGGCCAGUUGUAAUACCGUACCUUCACAGGAUGUCCCAUAAUUUAAAGAACGUCGCAAGCCGCUAUGGGGUCAGAGUAGUUUUUUCAGCACCACAAAAAAUGAGCCAAAUUUGCAAUAGAGUGAAUGCGCAUGCUGAGGGUACCACAAAACCCACGUGCACCAAGAAGCAUGCAAACGAAUUCCUACCAUGCGCUUCGGGCGUCGUGUAUAAGAUACCUCUUUCGUGUGGUAAGAGCUACAUAGGCCAAACGGGCAGAUGCCUCAAUGACCGCCUCCGGGAGCAUGAUUACUCCUUGAAGGCUACAGUGGGCGGAAAUCUUCCUCUCCAUUGCAGGGAAUGCACAUGCAGACCAUUAUUCCGUGAGACCAACAUCCUGGGGAAGAACAAAGACAAAUUGACCCGCGAGGUAUUGGAGGCCUUCUACAUCCUUCGCGAGGACAGGAACUGUAUCAGCGUUGAAUCCGUUACGCUAACAAACAAGGAAAGGAAAUUCCUUGAACAAACA